ACUUCCAGAUCGAGUGCUUUGUCUGCGCCGGCUGGACCCGUCAUCUGUUCCGCGUCGCAUGCGCUGAACGCGUUGCAUCGUUCAAGGCCAGGCGACACGUCGAAGCGAAGUGCUUCGAACGUGUGCCAGUUGUCGUGUCGUGGUGAUGACGCCUUUCGUACCGAUUCCAGCCAUCUUUGCCCCAUCACAACAACGCGGUCAUGACAUUGCCGUCUACAUCUUCCCGCAUGAUCAUGCGCUAUGCUACGAGUUCUUCUACCAUUGCCGAAGUGCAGAUGCCGUUACGGAAACAUAUCUUUGCUGCGGAUGUAAAGCGCUACGAACCCGUGAUAACAAGCUGUACAGUCAACCGAUUCCAUCGGUGAAGUUGAGGGCAAGGUUUUUCAUCACCGACCCUGUGAACCCGAAUCGACCACAUUAUUGUAUGCCAAGGAGUACACCGCAGGCAACAACUCGACGUCUCAUUAUUGAAAGGUGCAAUGAAUUACGAGCUGGACCUUGUCAGAAACCUACAAAGAAUGUCGUCGAUGAAUUGCUGUCGGAUAUUACAUCGCAGAAGUUUGAUACAUUUCCAAUGCCGGAAAGACGUGUCAUGGUCGAACAGAUAGCUUCACCCUAUGGAAAUGCCAGGGAGAAUCUCCGUCGAACCUUGCAGCGAAAUCAACAGAAAGGUCUAAAUCCACAGCCGAAUAGACCACGCUUGACAGGAAAAACGAGGAAACGGAAACCUGAAAUCAAAACCGAGAUUAUCACCGAAAAUGAGCAGUCUAUCGAUGGCAUUGCGGUGAUUAAACCAGCUGCAGAGUUGGCGAGAAAGAAGCUAAGUUGCUCUGAACCCAUUCGCACACUUGUUUUUAUGGAUUUGGCCACCACUGGGAUGUUUGCCGGAUAUAACGAGUCUCAAAAACGUUUUGACCCGAACAUCUUGAGUCAGCCGGAAAUGUGUACGAACGCUCUCAACCGCCUCAUAAUGGAAACAGAGGAAGAUGAUUAUCCGCGUAUCACCGAGAUGUCCUUUUUGAGCAUUCCUCGUGAUAUAUUUACUCGCGGUCAAAAAACCAUCCAAAGCUUGUGUCAAGAGGCUCCAGAUAAAUCAUUUGUACUUCGGCUUGCUGCAAAUGUUCGAACAUGUCAGGUGAAUCCUGAUCUGAAUGAGAUUCAGUGGAAAAAAUACCAGAAUGUCACAGCCAGUGAUAGUGGAGUCGUUCCUCGUCCCCGCCAUGAUCUCGAAGCGAAACGUAGUUUUUAUGACGAAUGGCCUGCUAUAUGGUCAUUUCUGGAUGACAGCCCAAAGCCCGUUUGUUUAGUCGCUCACAAUGGUAUCUUUUUUGAUUAUCGAGUUCUCUACGGUGAACUGAUGCGAUUUGGGUUUAUAGAUAAAGGAAUGGGUAUUCCCAAAGGGGUCGUUUUCGUUGACUCCGUUCUAGCUAUUCGAGAGAUUGAAGGCAUGUAUAUCAAAGAAGUAUGCGAAGCCACUAAAGAACUCGCAGCUCAAAGACCUCUCCGAGAAGUUGCUGCUUAUGAGGUCAUAACUGCGGAGAACAAUGAGGACUGCACUCCCGGACCCAGUUCAGAAUUCAAAACGGAGCCUGUCUCCGCUAUGUCUGCUACAUCGGAAAAAACAGCUCCCGCCGCACCUGAAAAUAAUUCAAACAGUGAGCCAACGAAAUCUCAAAACCAACCCUACGACGAACACCCUCUGAGCGUUUUUGAUAUCCAGAAUUGGCCUGCCGCGAAGAUGAGAAGAAUUCGCCCUGAGUUUUUCAAGCAAAACAUGCAUGGAGUUUGGGAAUUUAACACCGUUUUCGCAAAAAAUGCACUGAUGAUACAUGAUGAUUUAGCUGGUCUUUUUGAAACAGUAGUCAAGACUCAGUAUGGGGCACAUUUCACUCAAGACGACGCUGAAGCUUUGGUUCAGAUAUGUGUGGCUUAUGGAGAAGCUUUUCAAGAUUAUGUGGACUACAAAGCUGCGUACUUCCCUUUCUGAGCAGCUGCGUGUCUAUUCUGCUGCCUCCUCCACAUUGAUGGCUGGCGAAAUAUGUAAUUCCAUUUGCUCAGAUCUCAUUUCUUACAUUUCCUUUUUUGAAGCUCUGUCAACUUAUGGAAGAAUUUAUAAAAUUUGCCUUACAUUUAUGCUCACAUUGUUGUAACUUAUGUUUUCUGACGUGUAUCAAUUAUUUGCCGAAUGUUAUAUCAAUCAAUUGUUAAUCAGAUCAGAUAUAAAUAUUGAUUA